AUGCCAAGUUUGGAGUUAGUUAUGGAGGGCACGAAGGUGCACUUCAGUAGCAGUGACCAUAUAACGAUCACAGGGGAUUUUGAUCAAUGGCAGCAUGAGAAAUAUACCUUGAAGUACGAUGAUGUGGAGGGUGUAUUUCGGGUGGAGGUACCAUACAGUGGGGAGAAGGAGCUAAUUUUCAAGUUUGUUUUAAAUGGAACGAAUUGGACGACUGUGGAGUGUUUUGAAGAGCUCAUGGACGGCGAGGGCCACGUGAAUAACCGAGUGUUUUGUGAGGAUUGGUUGAAAGAUGGAGAAACAGAAGAGGUGUCUGAAUCGGAGGGUGAAGAGCUUCGUGAGUCAGACAUGACUAUGGACGAUGUAACGAUAAGUUCUCCUGAUCAGGGAUCUGAUGGGUACUUGGGGUUGGUGGACCCUGUUACAACUGGUUUGGAGGUAUCUGAAGUGUGCCAGGGGAGUGAGAAUGUUGUUACAGCAAGUGAUAAAGAGGUAGAGAAUGUCGGCGUCAGUGCCGAAAGCGGUGGCAACGAUAGGCGCGUCAGUGCUAACAGUUACGGUAGCAGUAGCAGCUACAGCAGUAGCAGCGAAAGUAGUGACAGCAGCGACAGCAGCAGCACAGAUAGCAGCCACUUCAAGAACCAACUCAGAAUGAGCAGUAGCGAUAGGAAUAUCCAGAGUGAUGAAACUGUGAAAAACUCAGAAAGUGACGAUGAACACCGCAGCAAAAAAAAUUUUGUUUCUGAAUCUCCUACCACAUACGAUGAGGCAUCACAGACUAUUAAUAACGGAAAACCUCCGCUAUCACUACCUGGUGAUUACAUUCACGUUGCUUCCCGAGGUGAGCUCAGUAGCUCAGAAGAUGUUGAGCUCUCUCCAACCGUAACGGGCGAAGAGGAUCUAAGGUACUCUCCAGAUCCCGGAGACAACCGACCCCGUUUACAAGGUCUUCUUUCCGCAAUCAGAGUCUUCAAGACAUACUGGAGAGGUUGA